AUGACGCGCAAGCAUGCUAUGUUGUGCUAUGAAUGGAGUACACAAAAUUUAGUCCUGCAAGUUCGUGAAUACUUGACAGAGAAGGGAAUCGCAGUUUGGAUGGAUAUCAAGUCCAAUCGCUCAUCGGAUAACAUAUAUGAAGAUAUUGCUACAGCUGUAGAAAAUGCGUCUUGCCUGAUAUGUUUUAUGACACUAGAAUUUCAACAAUCAGAUUAUUGUAAGCUGGAAUUGCAAUAUGCGAAAAAACGUAAUAUACCGAUCAUACCACUCAAAUUAGUGCAGAAUUGGGAACCAUCGAGCUGGUUAGGCCUCAUAACAGCUGGUUUGAUACAUAUAAAUAUUUACAGUACGCGUCGUUCUGAAGAAAGACUCAGAGAAUUAUACGAUCGCAUAUGUGUCACAAUUGGUUCCCCAUCGUCUUCGCAAUAUUCAUCGAGGAUGUACUUGAACGAUAGCGCAUCAGUAUCCGAAAUAUCGAUAUAUUCUGCAGCUAGUGAAGCCGAUACAGAUUUUUCGCGUUCAAAAUGUAGUUUCAGUCAAACUCAUUCUACUCAAACUUCAGCUGAUCGACAUCGUCAAAAACAUCGUACAAGCUCCAGAUGUCAUCUACCUCCUGUUAAUAGCACUGCCAGACAGAUAUCAGAUAAUCACAACUGGAUUCAGCAAUGGAUGAUAAGUUCAUCCGAGGCAACGGACGAUGUUGCAUCUACAUGGAUAUCCACUGAUAUAUCUGAUGAAGAACUCUGUGAUUCACAAUUCUAA